AUGUUCGGACAAAAACCAGUCCAGUUUAACGAAGGCGAACAUCAGGAACCCAUGGAAGAGGAAAAUUCGUUCGCACGUGGGCUUAACAAUGCCGAAGAGUCAAACACGCUACCUGAAGUAGUUUGUGACCAAGAGCUUCCAGUGCUAAACGAUAACUACAUUAUUGGAGCAUUGAAUUCAGAGCCGCCGUCUAAUGUGGCAGAAAUUAUAAGGGACCACUGCCCACAAGUGCUUUCUUCGCUAAGAUUGCUCAUCAACGAGGAAAUCAACACAGCCUGUCAAAAGCUGUGCAGACGUUCGGAUGGCUCUGUGUUGUAUGGCCACAGCUACGAAAGUCUGAAAGAUUUUAACUUUGAUAGUGUUUGGAAUGAGAUAGAAAGCAACAUUCCCUUUGUCGUCAACAUCAUGAAUGUUGUCGGUGGGAAAAGCUUUACAUCCGAUGAUUUGCGAGUAAAAUACAGCUUCAUUUACUCGAUUCUGAUGAGCGAAAGAUGGCACGAACUAAGUCUUUUGAAGCGCGUAAACACAGUUUUGAUUAUAGAAGGUGGAUGUACCAAGAAGGUGAGGAUCUCUCUUAUGUAUGGUGGCCGAUAUAGGCACUACACACAAAUAAUAGAUGGCAAAACGUACACAAACUUAGAAAAAAACAUGCAAACUUAAUUAACAUCAUGCAAACUUAAUAAAACGCAUACAAACUUAGUAAAGAGUAUGCAAACUUAAUAAAACGCAUGCAAACUUAAUAAAACGCAUGCAAACGUAGUAAAGAGCACGCAAACUUAGUAAAGAGUAUGCAAACUUAGUAAAGAGCAUGCAAACGUAGUAAAGAGUAUGCAAACUUAAUAAAACGCAUGCAAACUUAGUAGAGCAUGCAAACUUAGUAAAGAGUAUGCAAACUUAAUAAAACGCACGCAAACUUAGUAAAGAGCAUACAAACUGACGCAAGCGAACGUAAUACGCAUGCAAACUUAAAAAUACGCAAGCAAACUUAGUAAAGAGCAAGCAAACUUAAUGAUACGCAAGCAAACGUAAUAAUAAGCAUGCAAACUUAGUAAAGAGUAUGCAAACUUAAUAAAACGCAUGCAAACGUAGUAAAGAGCAUGCAAACUUAGUAAAGAGCAUGCAAACUUAAUAAUACGCAUGCAAACUUAGUAAAGAGCAAGCAAACUUAAUGAUACGCAAGCAAACGUAAUAAAACGCAUGCAAACUUAGUAAAGAGCAAGCAAACUUAAUGAUACGCGUGCAAACUUAGUAAAGAGCAUGCAAACUUAAUAAUACGCGUGCAAACUUAGUAAAGAGUAUACGAACGGUCCGAACGCGCCAAAAAUAUGGAAAAAAAGCCAGGCUGCUAAGUAAUCAAAACACCGCCAGCUGAAAGUGAAGGAGCUUGAAAGGUAAGGUUCUUUUCGGUGGUAUUUUGAUAUUUAUGUCGCCUUUCUGGGAAGUGAAGAACAGUCCCUUUUGUUCGUAUUGAAGUUCCCUGCCUAAAUUCCUGAAAAUGACGUGUUUAAUCUUUCCAGACCGAAACAAAUGAUCGGUAAUCUCACGCACAGGCUAAUGUUGGAAGAUUCUGAUCGUAAAUUGAAAACGUAAAUAUUGAUUUCAAUAAUGUGAAUCCGCUCCAAGUUAAUGGAAAUCAUUCCCAAAUAGUUAGCGGAACGCACUGAAUAUUUUAACUAUAAAUCUUCAACAUUGUUGUUCUCAGGAUGAACCCAUUUUUGACAUUGACUUGUCCCAGCUCCAAGAAUUUUUCAGUUUUUAACAAAAAGGAGGAUGCCCAAGGGCUGGCUGGGCAUGAGUGAAAGCUCACAUUCGUGGGAUAUUGUUUCAUUCCAGGGGGUGUCAGAACUCUCAGAAUUGUCUGCUAGGUGAGCCAGAACAAAACUGCAAUUUCUCAACAAAUUCAAAGUGCCAUCCUGACUCAGGCAACGAAUAUGCAAGCCAACCAAGUAGUAAUGAUGCCAAUUUGGAGAAUCCAAGGGAAUCAGCUGGUCUAGGAAUAUUACCAGUACAUUUACUGCUGUCACUAUUUGAAUUUUAUAGUAGUUCUCUGUCUGUUUGUAAUGUAGAAUUGGGUGGUGGUACUAAAUGGUGAUAUAGAUAUAUGUUGCGAUUGGGUAACAAGGCAGAAGUAUAUUUUCAUUGAUAGUCCACUUGUUAAAGCACGUACCUAGUUCCCUGCCCCCGAAUCAAAAAUGUACAUUCCUUAUGAGGUCCUGUGGAGUCUGCACAGCCUGACUAUGGUCACAUGAUAAUAAGAAUAAUACACAUAUAUAUAAAAUAAAAUUCAGUAUCUCAUGAAGGUUAAAUUGAGACAGUGACAGCAGGGUGAAAAGUAGCCAAUGUUGAUUUCUUAUAAUUUUAGAUUUUUUUUUUUUUCAGGAUGUUUUGUUCAGUUUGUGGUGCAAGAAAUAUUGUGACAAGUGCUUUAUUCUGCGGGUCAUGUGGUGCACGAUACAAUGCUGCAAAUGCAGCAUCCAGCCCAUGUCCUAGUUCUGCUUCUAGCAGUUUAACUUUUGAAGAAUUUAUGACUCAGAGAGAGGCAGGGCAAGGCAUUUUCAAAUCUGCUCUGCUCAAGGCAGAAAAAAAGAAAAAAGAAGAGAGGAAACUGACUGGGAAAAAUAUGAAAACACGUGAUCAACAAGUACAGGUUAAAUUUGCACGUCUGAUAUCAUUUCAGAUGAUGCCAAUGUCUUUUCCUCCCAUAGUGUUGUGGUUCAAUUGAUGCUCACAGCAAUAUUAAAGCCUUGCUAUUCUUUUGGAUCUUUUGUUGUAAUACACUCUCUCUGUCAGCGUAGCACUAUAAAGUAAUAUACACCGUAUUCACAAAUGGCGGACUCGCGGGAAAAAACUGGUGCCUAGUCAUGAAAGCGAGGCGUUGGAGGAUAACAAAAAUUGCAAACGAAGACUUUCAGUGAACUUACAGAGUGUUUAGCACAGAUUCCACCUAAAAUAACUUUCUACGGACUUCUUUUUAAAUACAAUUACGUGGGAUGUCUUCUGCUUUUAAUGUUUAGUAGCGAUUUGCUGUUUGCAAUCAAAAGGGACGCGUAUAUCUUCAAGGAAACAGAAUGAUUUUUAAGGUUUCCGAAGCAUCAGAAGCUCGACAAGUGGACGAUGGCUGGAGAAAAGCCAUGUUGACCCAAACUUCACAUUGAAACCGACUACGAAAGCCAGCUCAUUGCAAUUCGGUGAAACAGAAAUAUAAACAAAUCUUGGUGGCAAGAAAAAAAGAAAUAAGUGACAGAUGUAUGGCCUACUUGCAACUGUUAACGCAAGAGACGUCUGCCGUUGAACAAAACAGUUCAAGUAGAGAUGGAAAAAGGAAGACAGGAAAGAAGAGGUGACUGAGGUUUCGAUGAAGUUAUGUUUGGUUUUUGUUCGCCAGGACGUUAUUCUCUGGUCUUUAUCAAUGAAGAACAUCAAUAAAUCAGCGGAGUUGACCUUUUUUUAAUGUGCAGGAGCGACCGAGAGGAGUACGCUCAAAAUUUCAACUUGCUACUCGGCAGACUCGGUAAGCCGGCCACAUAUCAUUUCAGCGAGUAAUUUCGUAUUUCUUACCUUUGGCUGUUAAGAGUUUUAACUUUAUGUUCCAUAAUAUUUUAAAGUUGAAGAAUACAUAAAUAAAUAAAAUGAUUCUUAAACUGAUCCAGACUCGAAUUCAAUUAUUCGAAAGAGAAGCUUGCCGUGUUCAGUCCUGACAAAAACAUUACCUUAAAAUUUUAACCUAGUAAAAUGUAAGCUUUAUACCACUUUUUUACCAAGAGCUCUCAGACAUAAUGCCCUAAAAGAAACCAGGCAAAUAGCAAGCCAUAAGGUUCACACACUACAGCUUCUAAUUUUGAUAAAAUUAUUUUUAAUUACUUCGCAAUGACAAAGAAAUCAUGAGAUUUUUGCUAAGCUCUGCCAACCUACCUCUAACAAUUCCCUCCAAAGCGACGGAAUUAAUUUGAUCCAAUACAGAAUUGUAGUAAGCUGGCUUUCGUAUUUGGUUUCAGUGUGAAGUUUGGGCCAACAUGUUUGCCGCUUUUCUCCAGCGAUCGCCUACUCUUCGAGCCUCUGAUGCUUCGGAAACCUCGAGAAACCUACCAGAUCAUCCUGUUUCCUGAAGAUAUACGCGUCCCUUUUGAUUGCAAACAGCAAAUAGCUACUAAACAUUAAAAGCAGAAGACAUCCCACGUAAAUUGUAUUUAAAAAGAAGUCCGUAGAAAGUUAUUUUAGUUGGAAUCCGUGCUAAACACUCUGCAAGUUCACUGAAAGUCUUCAUUUGCAAUUUUUGUUUAUCCUCCAACGCCUCGCUUUCAUGACUAGGCACCAGUUUUUUCCCGCGUGUCCGCCAUUUGUGAAUACGGUGUAUAAUGUUGUAAUCUUAUUGUUACAAUUUUAUUUGACAGAUUAAAGUUGGAUUGGUUUAUAACUACAAUGGUGACCUGAAGCAGAAAAGGGGUUCUACCUUGCCUAUAGAAGCCAAGAGUAAUAUCACAGAUAUUACUCUGAAGCGAGUUGCCUUGCAGAAACAUCUGGCAUUCACCAUUUUCCUUCCAAAGGAUCAUGAAUACCUUUUACUAUAUCCAGACUUCCAGCAAGUGAAAUAUAUACCCGGAACGACCCAGCCCUUUACCCUGCAACGUUACAAAGAAUGUCUUGGAAAACCCUACCAAAGAAUAACUCUGUUUCUUUGUGACGAGGAAGAUUUUAUGGGUACAUGUACAUCAACAUUUUUUAUUGAAAAAGUCAUAUAAUAAUAAUAGUAUUUUAUUGAAGGGCUUAACUCUGUUUAUAUAACUAUAGACAAGAACAUUUAAUAUUUGACCUUGAUCAAUAUAGAAAACUAGUAAGCUUUCAGAGUACAUUGUACAUGUACAUUUGCUUCCCAAAUUGAUUCAUAGCAAAAGUUAAAUUUCUUUUUGUGUAGUAUGAGGCAUCCUGAACAAAAACUUUGUAAAUACAAAACUAGUUUGAAGUUUGCGGGAAACAAUAAUCACAAUACAUCUGUAAGUCUGGUAGAAUUUUUCUGACACAGAUGCCAGAAAAGAUGACAGAAAAGUCAAAUUACCUGAUUUUUUAAAUAAUUUUGUGGUAAUAAAAAUAAUAUUGUGGUUUAAUAAUGUUAUCAUUCAUUUAUAAUUAUUAUUAUUGUGGAAAACAAUGGCUUUAAAACUACCCAAUUGUAUUACAUACAGGUCAUAGUAAAACAAAUUACCAUUCAUGCAUGAGUAUUACAUGUGUAUUAGUAUUAUAUUACUACUACAUGAGAAAUUUCUGCAAUUUGAUUGGCUCAGAGCAGUGGUAUUUCAGCUUAAUUUGAAAUACCUACAUGUGAAAAUUACAAAUCUUUUGCGGGUAGUAGUAUAGACAAAUAAUAGCAUGAUUUGUACGUGAUAUUUGGCAUAAAUACCGCUCAUGAUAUUUCAAAAUUGCCUCAAAUUUCACUUGCCUAUCGCCUCGUGAAAUUACAUAUAACAAAUUUUGAAAUAUCACUAGUGGUAUUUAUGCCAAAUAUCACUACAAAUCAUGCUAUUACCUAUACUAAUGAUUUUAUUGUAAGAACAUUCACUGAAUAUACAUCAUUCCUUUUUUAAUUUUAGAGUCGGGUUCUAAGUCAUCAGACACUGAAGACAACAUUCCCCAGAAGAAACAUGCCACAGACACUUUAGAUAAGGUACAGUGUAUUUGCUUUUAUUGUUGUUAUUGGCUUUCUUUCUUAGGUAGGUAGGGAGCUACUUAAGCUCAAUUCUUGGAUAAUUCUAUCUUUUUUCCUUGGCACAAAGACUCUUGUAGAUUCCUCUGGCGAUUCCGUUGUCACAUUUAAGCCAAAGUGGCUAGACAAUCUUGAUGGACAUGGUUGGUCGGAUGAUGAUCUUCAUGUACCGGUGUUUACUAAUGGACAGUCGUCAUCUUGUGGAAUUGGAAGGUAAAGGCAAUUUAAGCAAAGACAUAUAGAUUAAGAAUGGCUUCUUGCUGCCUGCAGUAUCAGACGAUUUACGCGAACAUAAAAUAUCUACAUAAUGGAUUAUCUUUCAUGAUAAAUUUUAUAUGUUUUUAGAGGUAACAUGUUCUAGGGUUUGACUUAGAGUAAAUGAACAUUCAAUUCUAAAAAAGAUUACAUUACAUGUAUCACUGUAUGUAAUAUGCUGUGUAAUGGUAGCUUGUUUUCCUCUACACUAGGUAUGAUAUAAUAAUAACUUCCUGAGCAGAAAAAAGGGAGAUUAAAUUACAUGCAAGGAGCAUGAAAAAAAGGUGGAGAGGGAGCGUAGUGUAAAAUUUUAAUCAUUUAAUUCUGACAAUCAUCUCUUGUACAAAAAAAAGGUAGGUACAUUGGUCAAUGUGUGAUUUGGCAAAAAUUAACUUCCACACUGCAAAGCAGUUCCAAAGGUCAUUUUCCAUUUUCCAUUUCUCCCACGUAUUAUUUCCUACUUUCAAGUUCUUUGUUAAUUUUGUUUUAGUUAUUAUCGUGGUAGUGAUUUUUGUUUCUUUCUAACAGUAGCGCUACACAAAGUGACAGAGAGAUGGUAAUAAGUAAAUAAAAUGUUUUUGUGGUUUCAAAUCAUCCAUGCAUUACUUUUGCAAUGUGUGCUUGUUACCGAAAAUCAAAACCAGCAGGUUCAAAGAUGCAACAACUCGUUUAUCCCGCACUAUGCUGCUAAGAUUGGGAUAUAGAGCUGUUUUUAAUAUUGUGAUAACUUAUUAGUUAUGUUCUUAUUGUUAAGAAUAAUUCAAUUUAAUGACUGAAAGGUUUUUGUCUAAUAAACAAUUUUCUUCUUUUUUCGUCUUUUGCUGAGUCAGAAAAUAUGGCCCCUCCAGCAGCAUGUCAGGAAAAAGAAGACUCUUUGUCAACUACAACUAGAACAUCUACUACCUCUUCUUAUGAACACUGCAUAGGAAGAGAUCAACCUAGCCCAGCUGUACCUGGAACAUCCCAUGGCUCUUCUGAUUUAUUUCAUGCACAGUAUGACAAUUAUGUUGACCUCAUCGAUGAAGAUCAAGACGCAGAUUUCCUUGCUGCUAUAGAGGCAAGCUUGUUAGAUCAACAGACAGCCACCUCAAGUAAUGCAAGUGACACUGACCAACAAGCAAGGAAAAACCAGUCUCUAAAUGCCAUCCUGGCAUCCUUCCAAGCUGACACGUUUCAGCAGCAUCCUGAAGCAGAUGAAACUGUCAGUAUUAUUAUCAGUCGGAAAUCUGUUUUGCAAUCGACUCUCAGAGCCAUUGAGAGAAAAACCUUCUCCUUUUUCAAACCUGUUAUUGUAACGUUUGCUGGUGAGGAGGCUGUUGAUGCUGGAGGGCCAAAGCGAGAGUUCUUUCGCCUGCUCAUGUCCAGUAUUCGGGAAUCUGCAGCUUUCAGUGGUUCAUGGUUUUCUCAUGAUCUUAAUCAGCUGAGCAGCCAGAAGUAUACUUUAUAUGGUAAAUUAGUUGCUUGGAGUGUCUUGCAAGGUGGUACUGGUCCCAGAUGCUUGUCAUCAGAGGGCUACAAGAUACACAGGGGUGCAACCUUUGACCAAGCUUUAGCUAUUGAGGAUGUCGCUGAUGUACAGAUGAAGGAGAUAUUGAGAGCUACUGCAAAAUGUUGCUCGAAAGAAGAGUUUGAUGGAGUCAUCACCAAGCACGCAGAUCAGAUUGCUCAGUAUGGUUACCCAAACAUAUACACUGCCAAGUUGGCCCAGAAGAAAGAGGUGGUGGACUGUUUGCUGAGGCAAAACUUUGUUUGUGGUGUUCAUGCAGAAUUUUCUCAAUUCAUGGAAGGGAUGGACACCACUGGCAACUUUGGAUUUAUAGUCAAGGAAAACCAAUCGGUUUUUGAUGCCAUUUUGAGUAGCAAACAUGAUAAGCUUACCUUGGGAGCUUUUUCGUCCCUAUAUGAAUUAGACCGAUCUGAGAAAGGAUCAAACAACAGAAGUCGUGAGGAUUCCACGAUUUAUUGUUUUGAGCUCUUCCUCAAGGACCUUGAAGAAGGUGAAGCAGAUGGUUUAACACUUGAGGACCUCCUUGUGUUUAUCACUAGAGCGGAUUCUGUUCCUCCCCUAGGUUUUCAGCAGUUAACUGAUUUCUGUGCAGUUUUACGACUUCACUGGAAAUGUCCACCGUCGUCCCUGGUCAUCAACAUGUGCCCUAACUUUGCAUUUGCCAAGGGGUGUUGAAGACCCACAAGAGUUCAACAAGCUCAUGAAAUAGUCUCUUCUUGAAUGUCAUGGCUUUGGCAAAAUGUGAACGUUCCGAGUGCCUGAUACCUCGUUUUUAGUAAGGUAUUCUUCAGUUUAUUGCCGAACUUUAUUUCAACUUUUUACUUGUUCUUGGUUGAUGUUGAAGUGACUAUCAUGAUGAAACAAAGAAUUUUUCUUUGAUUAGUUAUUCGAUUUUCUUGGACUCAAGUUCCUUUUGAACAUUUUUUAAAACUUUUUACUUGUUAGUUAAUGUUGAAGCAAAACUAAGUCUGUGCUGACUGUCUUGAUGAAACAAAGAAGUUUUGUUCCAUUGGUACUGUCAUUCUUCAAUUUGCUGAAACUUCAGUUCCUGUUAAACAAUAACAUAUUUGUAUACUUUCUUGUUCUUAUUAUAAGGUAGAAAAAUUGAGGAAAUUGCCAGGGCUCACUGUGUUGAUGGAACAAAGAUUUUUCUCUUUAUUACUGAAAUUCUUUAAUAACAACAAAAAUUAACUCAAACGGAGUUUCCAUGGUUAUAAGCAUCCCAACUUCUUCACUGGUUCUAAUACUGUAAGCUGUCUUGUUGCAAUUUCUUUUAGCUGAAUAUGAUUUUGUUGUAUGUUGUCUUUGUUAAUGGUAGUUCCUUUUUUCUUCUCUGAAGGUAAAUAAAAAAUUAUGUUCAUGUUAUGCGUAGAUGUGAGUUACUCAAUGACUUGUAAGUCAACAAAAGGUACAACUAAAAUUAAGUUUUCUCUCUUUUGAAGUGUUAAUUUGCACCCACCUUUAUUUUCAGAACACGAUAGACCCCCCCUAUAAUACCAGCUCUGAAAAUGAAAUGCUAAAUGUGAACCAUGUUUUAAGCCAGCCUUCGCGUGGAAAUAAAGAAGAGAACUUAAUUCUGGCUAAUUCGAUGCAACGACUGAGCGCAAGGUUGAGACACUGCAUGAACUCUCAAGAACGUUGACAGAUACAGCAAUCGAUGAAUAACCCAAACCAAAAUCCUAGAAAAGGAAGAACUUUCUUGAUACACUUAAAAUUCAGAACUAGUAAAGGAAAAGAAAACUUCAUAAAGUUAUGCAAUGAUAACACUCCGAACCAAAAUAACGAAUAGACAACCUACAUUUCUGCUAACAGUGUCAAUCUAAAAUACAACUCUAACGCUUCCUUCCAAUCUGAUACUUUUUGCAAAACAUUUCUCUGCAUAAUGUAGUCCAGGUACUCUUCGAAGUCUCUGUUUCCACAACAAGAACCCUUGUCACAUGUGUAGGCCUCUGCUAAUUGUAACGUUGCGUUUGUUACUUGGAAUUUCAUGUCGAUACCACCUGGAGGGAUUACAGGCAAUCAAAUCAGAUCUCACCAGUCAUUUUAACUGUGCAGAACCUUUCUGGAACGUAAUAGUGAUGAUUUGCUAAUUUAUUAGCUCAUUAAGUGUUUGCUAUUGAACCGAAUGAUCUUAUGCAUAUGCGCUAAAUAAGACAUUGCUUAGUUCUUAAUUUGAACACACAGUCAAUUAUAGCUUGAUCAUUAAUUCUCUGGAAAGAAAUCAAAGUUUUUAACUCUGAUAAAGGAAGAGGAAAACGUGUCCACAAGUUUGCCUCAGCAAGUACCGGCGCACAGGUUACAUAGAACACAACUGUAAGGAACUAUCCAUAUGGGCAACAAAUUCUAUAACCUUAGGACUGUGAUCUACUUAUCAAGAAACCAGCACGUACUGAAAACUAAUUAUCAAGAUACCCGAUACAUAACAAACUGCUAAGAAUACCAAUGUUCAAAAACUUCAUAACAAAACAAACAAAACCACCAAACAAUACAAGUCCAAACGAGAUUUUGUUGUUUGGUUCCUUUGUUUUAACGGUGCCAGC